UUACAAGCCAGUGGUGUAAUAGCACGGGUUAUCACAAAACAAAUUAAUUAAAAAGAAAAACAAAACAGACGCCAUAUUUAAUAGCAUCAGAUGUUUGUUUCCCGCUCAAAAAGUUUUGAAUUUCGAAACUUGCACGACUGAUAUUCUCGAUAGUGCUACAACUCAAAAAAAUAUUAAAAAGUUUUUGAAAAUGAUUUUAAAAUUAAUGUUAAUUAUUUAUUUAAUUAAUAAUCAUGUGAUUGGUGAAUUGUCUUUACAAACUGCUGUUGAUACUCCGGUGGGACAAAUACUUGGACUAGUGAGAGAUGAUUAUAAGGCUUUCUUCGGAAUUCCGUAUGGAGUGGUCGAUGAAAAUAAUCCAUUUGCGAAAGCAAAACCGCACCCACACUUCGAGACGCCAUUCCCAGCAACCAGCGACGCCGUCAUGUGCCCUCAGUACUUUAAAGGAAUGAUUAAAGGCACUCUACAAUGUCUGAACCUUAAUAUAUACACGCCUAUCGAAAUAGGCCAACAAGCUCUUCCAGUAAUGGUUUAUAUCCACGGUGGGGCCUUCGCAGAGGGAAACGUCGCUGAAAAUACUUACCCACCGACCUUCUUAAUCCAACACGAUGUCAUUGUAGUCAUGAUGUACUACCGACUAGGGCCUUACGGCCACCUCUGUAUACCUAAAUACGGCAACCAAGCAUUUUACGACCAACAACUAGCUCUGAAAUGGGUUAAAAGUAAUAUAGCAGCCUUCGGUGGUGAUAGCGAGAAUAUCCUCCUUUUCGGACACAGUUCCGGGUCUAUAUCUGUUGAAUUUCAAAUGUUUAACAACAACAAUCUAUUUAAAAAAGUUAUUCUUCAAAGUGGGAAUGCAGUUAUGCCGUUUAUAACUGAAAUUACAGAUGUAAGUACGCUAAUAAAAGAUGUCGGGAUGGACCCAGAAAAUGUAGACUACGACAGUUUUGUGCAAACGUUGUCAAGAAUACCUACUGACACUUUAAUAAAUAUGACUAUCGCAUACAAUUUCCGUCCUUGUAUCGACAACGAUUUCAUUCAUAGAGAAACGAAAGUCAAUCUACAGAAUAUGAAAAUAAUGAUCGGCGGAACAACGCGGGAAUCCUUAUAUUUCUAUCCGCAGGAAAUAGAUGACAGUUUCGACUAUACGCGGGAAUUAGAAAAAGGUUUCUUCAUUUCAAACAACAACGAAAUCCAAGAUGGCGGUGAUGACGCCGUGAGAUUAGUAAAAGACUUUUAUUCAUACAAUCCUAAGGAUAAUUUAGUAGAUUUUGUGUCUGAUUUUGCUUUUAACUAUCCAAUAGAGAGAUCUGUGAGGUUUUAUUUACAAAAUAACUGCACGGUCUACAGGUAUUUAUUUAGUCAUGAUGGGCCGAGGAACUAUAUGAAGUAUCGAGACAGUAUCAAGGCGAGUGGACCGGCUCACGGCGAUGAGCUUGGAUAUUUGUACGAUAUGAAGGUGUUCGGUAACAUCACAGAAGAUGAUCAAGUUAUCAUUGAUAUUAUUAGCUUGGCGUGGACUAAUUUCGCUAAAUAUGGAGACCCCACGCCAUCGAAGUCUUCUGUCCUGCCAGACUGGCCUCCUGUGACAGCAAGCGAAACUCCUUACCUAGUCAUAGACAAAUCGCCACGGAUAGACAGUGCUCCAUUCACAACGCGCAUGGCGUUCUGGGAUGCCUUUUAUGACAAAUAUGGAAAAUACUGGAAAGGAAUUAGUUUAGGCGAGCCGUGGCAUAAGAAACUUGUAAAUAGUGUAAAUAGUGGUUUUAAAUUAGAUUUAAGCCAUGUCUUGUUAGGUCUUUCUUUGUUUUUUACUUAGAUAAUAAAAUGUUUUAUGUUGU